AUGUCAAACCUUUUCCACCCAUAUGAUCCCGCGUUAUGGGGGACCGGGAUUCCAAAGCCUUCAAAUUCCCUAGGUCAGGACAAAGAUCAAGAUCAAGCGCAAAAUGAGGAGAAUAAGAAGGACAAGGAAAUUGAGGAUAAGAAAAUUGAGGAUCGAAAAGCUUGGGAACAGAUUAAAACACAAGUAGAUGUUUUAGGAGAUAUAGUGAGGAGGAUUAGACAGAAGGAUGAGAUGAGUUUGCAGGGGCUUAAGAGGGAACUGGAGGGGAUAGAGAGAAUUGUGGGGAUGUUGGGGAAGUUGUGUAGGGAUAUGUUGGGGGAGGAGUUAGAGGGGGGUGAGGAGGAUAUCGAGGAUGAGGCGGAUCAGAUAGACAAACUCCGGAGACAUGGGAGACGGCAGAGAUGGGAAGAUGAGGGAGACUAA